CGGAUUUAUAAUCAGUUUGAGCAACAGACACAAUGUCUUUCUUACACUUUCCUGCACUCCCUCUCACUCCUCAUUCAUUCCUUCUCUUGGUGUUACUGAGAACUAGAAGACUAAGUAGACUAGACUCAUGGCUUCAGAAGAGAAGAGCAAGAACAUUUAUUCAUUUCAUGCUGACGGCAUGGUUAAUAAUUUCUGUGGAUUGAGUAAUGAACACAAUGCAGAUGUAUCAGAAGACAACAGCAGAGACAAACUCACAUAUUGUGUAACUGACGUACCACCAUGGUACCUAUGCAUCAUCCUGGGAAUUCAGCACUUUUUGACUGCGUUUGGUGGAAUCAUUGCCAUUCCGCUGAUCCUGUCUCAGGGCCUGUGUCUGCAGCAUGAUGCACUCACUCAGAGCCACCUGAUCAGCACCAUCUUCUUUGUUUCAGGAAUAUGCACCCUGUUGCAGGUCACCUUCGGUGUCAGGUUGCCUAUUCUUCAAGGUGGGACUUUCAGUCUUCUUGCACCCACAACAUCCUUGCUGUCCAUGCCAGAGUGGGAAUGCCCUGCCUGGACACAGAAUGCCACCCUGGUCAACACAUCCUCCCCUGAGUUCAUCCAGAUCUGGCAAAGUCGCAUACGGGUGAUUCAGGGUUCCAUCAUGGUGGGCUCCCUGUUCCAGGUGCUGGUGGGAUUCUCCGGUCUUAUCGGUCUGCUCAUGCGGUUCAUCGGUCCUCUGACAAUUGCACCUACCAUUUCACUUAUUGGCUUUUCUUUGUUCGACUCCGCUGGCACGGAAGCAGGAAGCCACUGGGGAAUCUCAGCCAUGACAACAUUUUUAAUCGUGCUGUUUUCCCAGUAUCUCCGCCACAUCGCCAUUCCUCUCCCUACGUACAACAAGGCCAAAAAGGUCCACAUCUCCAGGAUAAACAUCUUUCAGAUGCUUCCUGUUCUCUUAGGAAUCACUGUUUCAUGGCUCAUCUGUUAUCUUCUGACUAUCUACAACGUCCUUCCAUCUGAUCCAGAGGGGUAUGGGUAUCUUGCUCGAACAGAUGUUAAAGGAGAUGUAAUGGGGAAUGCACCUUGGUUCAGGUUUCCAUAUCCAGGCCAGUGGGGCAUGCCAACUGUGAGUCUACCAGGGGUGUUAGGAAUCCUGGCAGGAAUCAUAUCCUCCAUGAUCGAGUCAGUGGGUGACUAUCAUGCUUGUGCCAGGUUAAGUGGUGCUCCACCUCCACCUAGACAUGCAAUCAACAGGGGGAUUGGAAUUGAAGGCCUGGGCUGCCUGCUGGCCGGGGCCUGGGGGACGGGCAAUGGGACCACUUCUUAUAGUGAGAAUGUAGGUGCACUGGGCAUCACAAAGGUUGGCAGCCGCAUGGUUAUUGUUGCCAGCGGUGUGAUCUUGAUCAUAAUGGGAAUGUUGGGGAAAGUCGGAGCCAUUUUUAGUACAAUCCCGACACCUGUUAUUGGAGGGAUGUUCUUAGUCAUGUUUGGAGUCAUAGCUGCAGUUGGUGUUUCAAAUCUACAGUAUGCAGACAUGAACUCUUCACGUAACAUCUUUAUCCUUGGCUUCUCAAUGUUCACGGGGCUCGUCAUUCCAAACUGGAUAAUAAAAAAUCCCAAAGUCCUGAACACAGGAAUUGUGGAGUUGGACCAAGUGCUACAGGUUUUUCUAACAACUGGCAUGUUUGUUGGAGGAUUUUUUGGCUUCGUUCUUGAUAACACCAUUCCUGGAACAAAAGCUGAACGGGGCAUGGCUGUGUGGAACAUGAUCCAUGAAGAUGAGUCCCAGCCCCUUGUGGAAAGUGAGGAGGUCUAUGGUCUUCCCUGUGGCAUCAGUUCUCGUCUUGCUUCAUACUCUUGGAUUAGAUAUAUACCUUUUUGCCCUUCACAUAAAACCAGACCACAGAAUGACACAUCCAGCAACUCUGCUUCAUUUGAAAAGAAGGAGAAUUGCCAAGAUGACUCACAUAUCAUAGCAGUGGCUGCACUGUAAUCAUUCAUAAGGAUGACCAUUUUUAGACCUUCAUUUUUUUCUAAAAU